AUGUCGAAGCAUCAUGAACACACGCCAACGCCAACCUCACAUACCCCUCACAACAUCCUUCGUCUUCCAGAUGAGAUCACCCUCAUGAUUAUCCAGGAACAUUACAACGACACGGAUAUCGAAGCUGGAUGGGGAGACUAUUUCUUCUGGCCGAGAUCACCAAUACGCUCUCCGGAGUGGAUGAAUGUCUUGGGCGUUUGCAAGCUCUGGCGCGAACUCGGUUGUUCUACGAGCUCCUUUUGGAGGCCGAUUCGCAUCGAUGGCAGCGUCGAGUGGUUCACCCUCCGGCUGGCGCGUGCGAGACAGUCGCCGGUGGACUUGCACAUCCCGGGAGACCUCGACACAGAACCUCCUCAGUGGGCCUUGGAUAUCCUCUCUUCACGAUCACCCCGUAUUCACUCCAUCUCCUUUCGAUACCACGCCCCCGAAGACUCCCAUCUAUACGAAAAUCUCUGGGAAGCCUUUCAUCACGAACUAUUCUCCAGCAGUGCUGCAGCGACCUCGGUGUUCUACACCAAUAUAGGACCCUCCUUGCCCGACACCUUCCUACUGCAGUCGCUCGAAACGGAGCGACUACCUCGUAUUACGACGCUGUUCGUGGGCAAUCUCUCACCGCCAACCAGUGGGACUCUCUACUCCCGGCUUGAAACCCUGCAGUUGUCGGACGCUUGGGGGGACGAGGAAGUCGACGAUACCGGACCGGAGGUGUGGAAGCGUACUCUUGUCAUCCUCUCCCAUUGUGCCAAUCUGCGCAAGCUCGUACUGCAAGAUUGUAUCUGGGCAGACCCCAGUCUCCGUCCGGUAACCUUCGAGGGACCUGUGACAGUCUUGCCACGCCUCGAGAGCCUCACUCUCUGCGGCAAAAACUCGCCGUUUUUGUAUGCAGCCCUCCUCUCCGCCGUCCGCCUUCCGGCUCUUGUGGAGCUGCUCAUGGACGAAAACCUCGACUUGUUGAUCGAAAAGCACUCGUAUCAUAACAGGCACGAGUAUUCAUUCAUCGACAUGAUCCCCAAGACGCACCGUCACAGCCUGCGAGACAACUUCCCCGCCAUCCAUGAUCUGAACGCCAUGUCCAUCCACUCCACCCAACUCGUUCACACCCUCAUCCUCCGCGCACAGCAACGCGACGAGCUUUUGCCAGACACGCCACCUACUGAGGUCUUCCCCACAGAAGCGCCCCCAAGCACACUCGUUCAACUGUCGCUAGAGGCGUGUUCCGACAUACUAGACUACGGCGACGAAGACCACCGGACCGACGCCGGCCACCUCGCGCGCUUCCACGCGCUCCAGCCACAUGCCGUGCUCAGCGCCGCGACGCUUGUCGCCGGGCAGCCCAUCACCUCGCUCACGCUCGACAUCGCGCACAGCCUCGGGCGCGACCUCUGCCCGUGGGAGGACCUCUUCGCCGCGCUGCCCGCGCUCACAGCCCUCCACGUCGCCGGCCACGGAAACUGCUCCGACGUCCUCAGCGAGCUCGCGACCAACGGGCGUCCGUUCACCGCGGCCAGCGUCCUCCGCGCGGACGGCACGCUGGACGAGGACGCGUACCGGGCGGCGGAGCGCGGCCGCGAGCGCGGGCCCGUGGUCUGCCCGAGGCUCGCCCGCCUGCGCAUCGGGGGCCCGCGCGCGGUCGUCUUCGGGGAGUGGACGCUGGACGGGCUCGUGCACGUCCUCGAGUGGCGUGCGGAGCGCGGCGCGGCGCGGAUCGAGGAGCUCGAGGUCGGGCUCGCGUACGAUCGCGGCGAGAGCGCGGAGGGGCUCGCGGCGUCGCAGGCGGAGUGCGGCGCGCGGAUCGCGGCGCUGGUGGGGCGCGCGACGUUCGACCACGCCUCGGCGGGGCUCAAGCACGGGCGGGUGGGGUUCCAGCUGUGGCCGCGGGCGCGGCGGGGGGACUCGAAUCCGUGGGGUGUUGACUGGUGCGAGUUUGAGCCUGUCGAAUCCGAGCAAGCAUCUCCCACACUCGCAGCUCAAGUGGAGCCCGAGGAGGAGGAAGAUUGA